AAAUUAUGUACAUUCCAGAUCUCGAUCCCGUAGAGACACCCAGACGGAACCAGGAGGAUUUGCAGCGCUAUCAACAACGAGAGGCACUCCGAAAUGGUUUGAAGAGGAUGCUGCUACAACUUGGAAAACGUCACACAAGAGACACGAACGGAAAGAAUACGCAGUCUAUAGCACGACCUACACCCACUUCUUCGUCAGCUGAGAUCUUGCCUGACAAUUAC